AUGAGUCGAAAAAGAAAUAGAGGUCAGAAUCAACAAAGCGAAAAUAGUUUAUAUCGUGUUGUUCGAACUAUUGGAUAUAUGAAUAAUCAUGGCGCGCUUUUCACCGAAGCUGAAAUGGGUAAGAAAAUUGUCGAUCUAAUCAGAUUCGAAGAGUUCCAUUUUGUUAGGUAAACGACAAGGAAACAAACCGGACAAUCUUGGCAAAUUCAAAAGACGAUUGUGUUUUACUGGAAUUCCAGCCGCCAUUUUGUCGAGUCAAGCUGUUGCGCACACUGUAGCGUGAGUUUUUUCCUGCAUUUUUUUCUGCAAGUCCAACGAGCACAAAAAGUUAGUAAUUUGCUGGCUCAUAAAAAAUUGGCUCCAUUAUUUUUCGCCCUUUUAUGGAUGGGAGAGGCUCUCUUUUUUUAUGACAACUAAAAAUCUUCAAUUUGUUUGCAGUGCUGCCGAUGAAGCGUGUUGUCAUGCAUUUAUUGAUAAUCUCAAAGUAUAUUUGCCUCAAAAACUUGUUCGUCCAUUAUUCACAGCUCGUCCGGAUGUAAAUUCUCCAGAUUUGACAAAUGUCAAAGUGUUCUUCGAGGAAAUUGAAGAGUUGAUGAAAAUGCACAGUAGAGAGGUUGGAAGAUUGUCGCAAUAUGAAAUGACUGCGGUUGCCAGGGAGAUUGGAACUUAUAUAAGACAAGAGCUGAAGAAAAAUUUGAUUAAUAAACAUGGACUUAUAUCAGGUUAGUUUUUUCGUUUCGUUUUGUGUGAAAACUAUUGAUUUAUUUUCAGAUCAUCUUGAAAAGAGUUCCAAAAAAUCUGAACCAACUUCUCCAAUCUCCCAGAAAAAUGGAUCAAGUUGGUUUUUGUUUUUUUUUUUUGAAAACAAUUGAUUUAUUUAGAUCAUCUUGAAACAAAUUCGAAAAAAUCUGGAUCCACCACACCAAUUUCCCAGAAAAGUUUCGAUCAAGAAAUAAUUGAUGUGGAGGAUGAUAAUGAUGACGUCAUAUUUGUCGAUAAUAAUUUAGCUGGACCAUCUGAAGAACCUGUCAAAGUGUCUUGUAUUGUUGAGAAUUUACGAAAAGAGGAUCUUGAGCGAAAAGCGCAUGUUGAGAAAAAUAUGGACAAUUUCAGAAGGUAUAAUCAAUUUUUGAAUAUAUUUUCAAGAUUCAAUUACAGAACCGCGAUGGACCUCCAAUUGAAAUCACCUGUUUCGCCCGGAUAUUAUUCGCCACAAAAUGCGCUUGUUGAUUUCGGAAAAAUGAGGGCCAGCAAAAAAGGGCCGCCGGCAAUUUGGUCGCAAGCCAGAGAGUCCUCUUCGAGACAAGAAUUUGUGGAUGACAGCAAUUCAUCGGAUUCGUCGCCAGAUGAAGAUGUGAUUCCAGAGAAGCGCCGGAAAUUGGAAAAUGAUAAUGAUACGUCACAAAUGACAUUGAAUUUGAAUUUAUCAGAGGUUUCGAAUGGUUCGUGUUUUUUUUUUUGCUCUGGAUUUUCAACAAAAUCAUCCCGUUGUCAAAAACCGCAGAAUUCAACUCCUAAAGUUUGUUGUGACGUGGCAAAUUUGGAAAAAUUGGGACUUUAGAAGCUGAAAAUUAGCUUCAAGAUGAUUUUCAUGCAAAUAUGAUAGUAUAGGGUUGUUCAGAAGGUUCGAUAACAUAGGUCAGCUCAUAAAUCAGAGUAUCCGAAGAUUUUUAAGCUGACUCAUCUUAUCGAACCUUCUGAACAACCCUAUGAUAUCAUAUUUGCAUAAAAACCAUUUUGAAGCUAGUUUUCAGCUCCUGCCACGUCAUAACUCAUGUUAGUAGUUGAGUUCUGCAAUUUUAGACAGCGGAAUUGUGAUCAGCGGGUAGAAAAUUACUAGAAAAAAUAUUUUAUUAAAAAUUUAGUUGAAACAGUUUUUUUUUCAGAUUCAGAAUAUGUUGAAGAAAUGAGUUUGAUUGAUGAAUGGAAUGAAGAUGAAGAUGAAGAAUCGGAAGAAAGAGCAGGUGGAAAUACGGAAGGAGAAGAUGAAUAUUUAGAAGAAGUUGAAGAGGAAAAAGCUGGAGAAGAGCAAGAAGAAGAGUUGAAAGUUAAUAAUGAAACGAGAAAAUCAAUAUCUGAAGAUGAGAAGAAAGUUAAGAAAGAUUUUGGAGUUGAUUUGAAAAAAUUAUAUGAUGGUGAGUAAUAGUCUUUCUUUUAUUUUAUAUUUUUUAUAUACAAACUUGUUUUUUAGGUGAAGAAUCAUUGGAAGCACUUGAAAAACGUUGGCCGAAAAACUAUGAAAGAUGUUUGAUUGGUGUCGUGUACAAUGAGAAAUUGGCACGAUGUGUUGAAAAUAUUGUUUGUCAAAUUGCCGAAAAAUCGGACAAAUAUGUGAGUCAAAUAUCGCAAGACACUUGGAAACAUUACGAAAGAAACACGCAAAAUCGUCAAGUUUAUCAGAAGAAAAUGGACGCGAGAGGCAAAUUGUUUGAGCAUAUUCAGAAGAUUUUUCCCGAAAAACAAUUGGCGAUGCAUGUGACGGGAUCGUCGAUUAAUGGAUGUGGAAGUUUCAAUUCGGAUAUCGAUUUGUGCUUGUGUUUUCCGACGACUAAACACAAAGGAUCGAAUUUUGAUGAUUUUGGGGGAUUGAGGACGUGAGUUUUAAUGGCAUAACAUGAUUUUUGAUCAGAGACAGUGUGAAAUUGGCUCUAUCGCAAUAUAAGGGUCCGUAAUUUUGUUCAUGGUCCCAAAAAAAUAUAAGGGUCCGUUAUUUUAGGACCGUUAAAAUCAAAAAAAUUUUUUUUUAAAAGUAUUUUUUCUAAUUUCAAUUAUUUAUUUUUGGUUAUUUUUUGUAAUUUUUUCACAUUUUUUUCAGUAUGUUUCUAGGGGGUUUACUAAGCCUAAGCCUAAAAAAAAUAUUAGAGAAAUUUUGGCUUUUCAGCUUUAGAAUUAGGCUUAGGCUUAGUAAAUCCCCCGAAAAUACAAAGAAUUGUCAAAAAAUCAAGAAACAACUGAAAAUUAAAAAAAAAACACACAUUUUUUCUCCAAAAAUCAAACAAAUCACGGACCCCUAUUCUUUAGGAUCCUUAUUUUGAGAUAGAGCCGUGAAAUUUAGAGAAAAUAGUUUUCUGUAAAAAAAAUAUAUAAAUAUUUUGUCUGCACUCUCUCAAUUUCCCGUCAUCUCUGAUUCAAAUCAUUUCAGUGAAUCAUUGAAAGUAUUACGACGAAUCGAAAGACAAAUGCGACGACCACAUCCAAAAAGUUUCCACGCAAAACUCGUCAAUCGCUGUGAACUCAUCUCGGCCAAAGUUCCAAUCAUCAAAAUGUAUCUGAAACAACCGUUUGCCGAUCUUGAUAUUGAUAUUAAUGUGAACAAUAUUGCUGGAAUUUAUAAUUCGCAUUUGUUGCAUUAUUAUUCACAGUGAGUUAAAUUGUUUUUUUUUUAGAUAAUUUUUAAAAAUUCAAAUUUUUCGUCAGAAUUGAUGGUCGAUUUGUUUCAAUGGCUUUGCUUAUCAAACACUGGGCAAUUCGAAACGAAAUCAAUGAUGCAAUGAGUGGAACUCUCAAUAGUUAUUCCCUCAUUCUUCUCGUUGUUCAUUUCCUUCAAUGCGGUGUUCGUCCAGCGGUUCUUCCAAAUCUCCAACACCUUUUCCCUGACAAAUUCGAUGCUCGACUCAGUUUAGAUCAAUUGAAUCUGUUUGGCGAGAUUAUCGAUCGAUUGCCAGUUCGCCCGCCGAAUCUCUGGUCAGUUGGUGAACUUCUCAUCGGAUUUUUCAAUUAUUAUGCCAAUUUUAAUUUUUCGAAAACGGCGAUUUCGAUUAGAAGUGGACAAGCUUUUGAGAGGUUAGAUUUUUUUCUUAAUUCUAAAAAAAAGAGAGAAACAAAAGGAAAUUUUGCAGAUCUACCCUUACUCGUGACACAGAUUUUUAUCAAAUUUUCAUUGAAGAACCAUUUGAUGCUGUAAACACUGCCAGGUUGGUUUUUCGAAUUGAUUUUGAUUUCUAAUUUUAUUUUCUGAAAUUCUCUAGAUGUGUCCGCCGAGGUCCGGAAUUAAAUCGAAUCAAAAAAGCGUUCAAAGCAGCCGCGGCGGCUUUUAAUAAUCCGAAAUUUGAUUUGAGUGAUAUUCAAGUUGCUGUCUAA